CCGGAAGUUGGAAACCGUAACAAUGAAGCAUCUUCUCUCAACAAGGACGACUGCAUGGACCGUCUGCAAUUGUCGUUUAGCGCCGUGAUACUCUGAUUCUUACGCAACCAGUCACCCGCUCCAAGGGGCUAUCAGUUCGCUUUCCCCUCAUGGUUUAUCGAGGACCCUCCAAAGAUUGCUUGCCAUGCAGGAAACGCAAGCUCAAGUGCGACCUGCGUAAGGAUGGAUGCGGCCAAUGCCUGCGGGCCAAUAUCUCAUGUUUUGGCUACCGGGAUACAAAUGAUCUCAUCUUCCGCGACCAGACACGCAGCGUCCAACGAAAGAUGCUGGCUUCCAAAGCCACGACAGUAUCUCUGCAACUUGGAACUCUAAAUCAUGUGAUAUUGCCCAAUGCCAACCGUCUUUUCUCGCAGCCCCAGCCGGCAUGGAAUGUUCGUGCUCGUCAUGACUUCUUUGCUCACUAUGUAUACGGCCUAUCUAGCAGUUAUGAUAUCUUACCUGCCUUGUACGAGAAAGCAAAGCUAGGGGACCACUUGUCUCUCAGCGUGGAUGCGGCCAGCCUCGCUUUCUUUGCGAGUAAUCACCCGACACCUUCAACAGAGCUUCUGCGGUUGGCUGCUGAAAAUUAUAUGCUCGCUCUGCGGAAAAUCAACAAGGCUCUAUCCAGCCGCGAACUCGCGAGUGCUGAUUCCACACUACAGUCAGUGCUACUUCUUGAUCUUUACGAGAAGAUAAUGGGUCGCGACCUCAUUUCAGAGCAAUCCUGGCUAGCCCAUCUUAAUGGCGCCUUAGCACUAAUCAAGGCUCGUGGCUACAAUGACAUGAUGAGAAGCGAAGUUAGUAGAAAGUUGGCAAACAAACUCUUCACGACUCUUCUUAUCAGUUGCUACAUUGCGUCUCAGCGGAUUCCGGAAGGCGUAGUGGAACUAGGACGCAGACUUGACAUGUUUCACGACAAAGAUGACGCCAAGUGGCGGCUUUCAAGCAUGAAUUGUAAGAUGAUCAAUUUCCGAAUCGAUGUUGCCGAGGGAAAGUUAUCCAAAAGCGAAAUUGUCGCUCAGGCCUGGCAGCUCAAGGACGCCUAUCGCGAAAUUGAGGAGACUUCAUCACAGAGAUGGCAGCCUAGGCAUGUCAUGGUGUCGGAGGAGGACCCCAGCCGGCCCUUCGUCUUUGGGGAUCACUAUGAUGUUUAUAGAGAUCACUUUACAACGCAAGUACGCAACACGGUUCGAAUAAUGCACCUCCAGCUUCACUUUUACGUCCAAAAGUCCUUGGUAGGCAACGAGUCUGAAGAAGCUAUCCGUAUUCGCUCAGAGUCACGCGCCCUCACGGAGCGCAUUGCGGAGGAAGUCUGUGCCUCAGCACCUCAGUUCCUUCUCCCAAAUGUCCAUCCGAACAACUGCAUCCCUUUCACCGCCGUCCAGACUCUGAAAUGUGGUACCCUUCUCCCGGCUAUGUUCAUAGCUGGCAGUGCAACGACGAACCCUAAUUUACGCCUCUGGGUGAUUAACACAAUGAAAUAUAUAGCCGCAUCUGGUCAUUUACGCGCCGCAUCGGUCACGGCAAAGAUGUUAGAACAGAAUCCGAUGCUGGAUUUUAGAUUUAUGUAUGCUAAAUUAGGAGGGUAUGCAUUUACUUCCUGUCUCACUAUCAUCUUCAAGUGCUACGGCAACGCCGGUUGAGAGUUAGACAUGUGGGCCUUGCGAUUUCUCCGACAUAUAAACUACGCUAUUAAGGACGCAGCAAGCAUAACAAGCCCUCCAAACCCAUCUAUUCCCGAGCACCACUCCUCCCAGCUCGCCGUGCUCCUCGGCUGGCCCCUGGUAUCCAAGCAUUUAUACGGUGCCCAAGCAUCAUUGCAAGACAACUCACGAUCGUCCAGCCUGACAAGUCCACCGUGCGUUGCCAGUCCAAAGGCGGCUUUGGCUCCCAUCUCUCUCUGCCCCACGGCCUUCCACCCAAACUCAUCACCUGCCUCCCAUAACUGUUUCUUCGCCGGCAGUGGCGCUAGAAUCAGGUCAGAAGGCAGAUCGCACAUGGCCAUUGGCUCAAAAUAAACGAGCAUAUUCACAACCCGGUAGACUAUUCCUAGUCUUU